AUGAAUAAUAAUCAAGACCUAAAAGAUAAACUCGCAAAACAUUAUGAAAGUAUAGCAUUGAAACAUUUUCAAUACAAAGAAGCUAAGAGCAAGGAACAAAUUGAAUUUAAUAGACAAAAAAUCAAAUUGUUACUUGAGGAAAAUGAGAAAAUUCUUGAGAAACAAUUAAAAUCAUCAAAAAGAAGAACAUUUUCUGACCAUGCCAAGUUAUUAAAAGUCAAUGAUUCAAUGGGAAAGCGAUCAAUUAUGCUGAAAUUUCAAGAUUUCCAACCACAUGGACCUGUUAAGAGUAAGCUUAUAAAAGCACGAUUAUUCUCAAUUCCCCAUGUUGAACCCAUUCCAAAAUACACAAUGUGGACUUCUGUCGUGAGAAACAUUAAGACAAAAGAUGAUCCGGUGUUGAGACAUCUUUAUUAUUUUGGAGAAGGUGCUGAACAUGAUUUAGAUAUUGAUUUUUACAUGGAUGUCUUUGAUAAAGUUGAUUUUGGAUCUUCCAAAUUUGAUACGGAUGUGGAAAAAAUCUUCUUCAAAACUUGUGAUCAUUUUUUCAAUCAAUCUGAAAUUGAACUAAAUGUAAUCGAAAAUUUUCUCAAUGAAAGAAAGUCAGGUCUUAAAGUCAUUAUCACAAAGAAAAAUCGUGACUUUAUUAUUGAUGAAAUUAUUAAUUCAUUUCCUUCUGUCAUCAAUAAAAAAUGUAAGAAACAAUUACAAACUGAGAUAGAGGAUCGUGUUAAAGAGUUUAGCCCAUCGGAUAAAAUUAAUGGAGAGGAUAUUUCUGAAGCCUUUAAAAGUUUAUGGUGUAUUAAUCAAUUACCACAAAAAGUUACGAAAAAACUUCAUCCAGCUCCUAAACUAAACGAAAAACCAUGCAAAAAAAACUGUUAUCGUUACUUGACGGAAGAAGUUGAUUGUAAUGAACAAAGUUUGGAAUCUGAGUGGAAUGAUGAAGAAAUUACAUUAUUCAAUAAAUUACGUGAAGUGUUUGGUACUAAAAGUUAUUGUACAUUAGCCACUAUAAUCAAAUCUAAGCUUUGUAAAGAGGUUUAUCAAAGAUCACAAUUUGUUGGUAACAUUAUUGCAAGCAAUGAUGAAGAGCCAAGAAUAAUUAAUAAAAAAGCAUCAAAAAGAGCAGUAAUAAUUGAGAAUGAUGCCUAUAAACAAGCAGAGUAUAGUCCAUGCUAUCACCCUGGUGAAGAUUGCACGAGUGCUGAAUGCAGUUGUUUAAAAGGAAAUCUUCACUGUGAAAAGUAUUGUCACUGUGAAAGAAGAUUUCAAGGUUGUAAAUGUUAUAGCGGAGAUAAUGUUUGUGGAACAAAAAAAUGUUCUUGUUUUGAACAUAACCGAGAGUGUGACUUUGAUAUAUGUAAAUGUCCAGCUGGAGUGCAAUGCGUUUAUAAUUCCGAUGCUUAUUGUAAAAAUGUCAUGGUUCAGCGAGGACGUUCCAAAUCAACUAUAAUUGGUCUAUCAACAGUUGCGGGUUGGGGACUAUUUAUGCGAGAAGAAGCCAGAAAGAGCGAGUACAUUGGUGAAUACCUUGGUGAAAUUAUAUCACAUGCAGAAGCUGAUCGACGAGGGAAAAUCUACGAUAAGCGUCGUUGUAGUUUCUUGUUUAACCUGAACAUAGACACAGUUAUCGAUGCCACUAGAAAAGGCAACAAAUUAAGAUUCAUAAACCAUUCAAAUUCGCCUAAUACAAAUUGCCGUGUGGUUAUGGCAAAUGGGGAACAUCAUAUUGCUAUUUAUGCUUCUCAACUUAUAAAACCUGGCGAAGAAUUGUUUUAUGAUUACCGAUAUGAUGGUCAAGCUCUAGAGUUUGUUCCGAUUGAAAGAAAACAAAUCAACAAAUCCAAAAGAAAGUAA